AUGUCUAAACCAACAGUUGCUAUAAUCGGGGGUCCUGAUGGAUUUUUAGGAAAGCCAACUCUCGCUGCAAUAGAGUCAGAAACCUUUGCGGACAAGUUUCAAUUUCCCAUAAAAGUAUUGAGUAGGUCUAAGAGAGAGUCGACAAGUAAAACGGAAUACAUAGAGGUCACUUGGGAUGAGAGCAAUGUGGCAAGCAUUGCAAAAGCAAUUGAUGGAGUAGAUGUGGUUAUCGAGUUAAUCGGAGUAUUUCCUGAGACAUUAGGCUUAAUUGAAAAGGUUUUGGAAAAGGCAAAACCCAAGCUUUUCAUUCCAUCACAAUUCGGGACAGAACUGGAUAAGUUAUCUUAUCUUUCACAAGUACCACCAUUUUUCGAUAUUAAGGACAAGCACGCUGAAAAAGUAAGAUCUCUCGGAAUAAAGACUGUCUCCAUAAUCACGGGAGCAUUUACCCUUCCAGGUUUUUUUCUUUAUGAAAUUGUUGGUGGAAUAGGCAUUGAUUCUGAGAAAAAAGCUGUUACAUAUCUUGGCGACCCUUCCUCUAGGUUGUCUGUUACGAAUGUAAACGAUAUCGGAAAGGUAAUUGCUUCUGUCGCAUCUAUUAAUCCGAGGGAUCUUCCUGACAAAGUUAGGGUGCAAUCUGAUGAGAUAUCCUACAAAGAUGUAGUUGAAAGAUAUGAAAAAACCCAUAAUAUUAAGUUGAAAAAUAAUGGAGUUAUUUCGAAAGAGGAGUCCUUGCAGAACCUCAAUAAGAUAAUUGACAAUGGAUUCAAACAAUCUGAUUUCUUUCUUUUGAUCAAUACUAUUAUCUCACAAGGAGUGGAUAAGGGAUUGCUAUUUAGCUCGAAUGAAGACGAGUUGGUCAACCCUGGAGAAAAUUUAUGGAAAUGGACCAAAUAUUAA